ACACAAUCCUCUAUAAUCUGGAUCUUGGUAACAUUAUUAUCAUCUAUAUCAAGUAUAAAUUCUAUAUAAAUAGAGCUAUCCAGUAUGUCAAAAUGUCGGCGUCAAUCACCACCAUCACGCCCAAUCCAAAAUGCUUCAAACCCGUCUCUUCCCUUCUCCCAACCACCAACCUCUCUCCAUCCCCCUCUCCAUCCUCGAUGCCACCGUCGCCCGCUUCACUCCCACAGGUGCAAUCUGGGUCUUCGACGCUUUCACCUCCAAUGAAACCGUCUUUCUCGAAUAUCUCCAAACAUCCUUCACCACCACCCUAAACUCCUUCCCUCACUGGGCCGGCCAACUCCAAUGGACCCAAUUCCACCCAGAAGGAGACCACACACAGCGCUCCCACAGGCCAAUGGUCGCAUAUAACACCGAGUCAGACCCAGGCGUGGAAUGGAACAUCGUCAAACACGCUCGACCUCUCGAAUCUCUAGCACCUACAGCGACCCAGCGCGCCUCGACCGGUAUCUGGGUGGGAGAUGCCUUUGCACAGAACAUUCUCCUCUCCCAAACCCAACUAGCAUUGCAUAAUCUGCACGAUUGGAAGGGUCUCCCUAGCAUGACAGUUCAAAUCAACCUCUUCAAUGACGGGGGAUUCGCGGUGGGGAUGCAAAUUGCGCAUUGUCUCGCCGAUGCGCAGGCGUUGAUGGUAUUCGUGCACCAAUGGGCUGCGACCUGUCGGACACUACAUGGACAGCAAGACUCGAUCUCGCUAAUGGGUGAGCCUGUGUUUCAGCCCUCCAUGCUGGAUAGUCAAGCAGAUGGGGAUAUCGAUGCCAAAGAACCGAAUCCCGUCCUCACCAAGACAGCCAGGGACUUGCCUCUUCAUCGAUUCGACUGGUGGAAGAUGUCAGAUCCGGGAUAUCCCCCAUUUCUGAUUCCCACGACGGAGAACUCGAAACCAUCGCCGGAGUGUCUGGCUAAGAAUGCCGUACUUUCGCCAUCUCAAUCACCUCCCUGGAAGACCUGGGACUUGACACGGCCCAUCAGCUACGCCAAGGUACAUUUCACAGACGAGGAAUUAGGUCGAAUUCGUGAUAUUGCCCGUGCAGGCUGCAAUGGAUCUACUAUUUCCCGUCUGGAUGCAUUACUCGCACAUACCUGGGCGGCUAUCAGUAGAGCCCGUGGGCUUAUCGAUUCUUCCGAGGAAGUGUUUUUAAAUGUCACGCUGAGUGCUCGACCCCGUGUUUCUCCUCCCCUCCCGGACUCGUUUAUCGGCUCGCCGAUUUUCCUCACGCAUAUCAGAAACCAAGGCUCGGUAGCUUGUACAGCGAGUGUGGGAGAAACGGCGUCUCAGCUCCGUGAGACAAUUCGUCUUUUUACGCCAGAGAAGGUAGGUGCGAUCCUGCAUGAUGCGGCGCAUGAAGUGGCACCGCAACGACUGUGGCAAGGGUUUUUGGGAACGCGGCAUACACUGGUGACGUCGUGGCUCAGGCUGGGGAUGUAUGAGGUUGAUUUUGAGGGAAGGGGUCAAACGCCGCGAUAUGCACACGCGGUCAUGCCGAAAAUGGAUGGGUGUGUCCAGGUUAUGGACUCUGGGACUGACGAUGGGGGCGUUGACUUGGCGUUGUAUUUGGAUGUUGAAGCAAUGGGGAAAUUAUUGGAGGAUGGUCGAUUGCGGGUCCUUUCGUGAGAUGUGGAUAAUCCCCGAAAUUAUUAUCAUGGUAUUAUUCUUCUAUUAGCUUUUGUUAAGCGCCAUGGUCGUGUCUACAUUGAUACAGAUGCAUGCAUAACAAGUUUCCGCUU